AUGCUUCGCGCGCUUUGGGCUUCGAGCCGACCGUUAUUUUCUCGCCUUCGCCUUACCUCGGCGUUGGUUCACCACCAUCCUCACCGUCAUGGUCUCCAAUCCCUCACAGAGACGCCACAUCUCGCUCGAGGCAUGAAAGUGCGCUCUUCCGUAAAAACAAUGUGCGAAGGCUGCAGCAUCGUUCGGAGGAAGGGGAGAGUCUAUGUUAUUUGCUCCAAAAAUCCAAAGCACAAGCAGGUGCGUUUUCUCAGCAAUGCAUAUCUUCAAUUGUUUGACUUUUCACUUUUGGUACAGCGACAAGGAUGA